AUGUCAGUUUACAAUGGCUUCGCAACUAGGAAGCAAGAGUCAUUUUAUAACAAACUUUUGUAAAAGCUCAUUCAUUUAUUGUCCAAGAAGAUACUUUCUGCUAUUCCUUAUAAGCACAUAGAUACAAUUAUUCAAGAUCAAGAAAAUGAUUCUAUUAUGAUAAACACUGAAAACCAAAGAAUGAAUUUUAAGAAUUUGUAAAUUAACAACAACCUAACAGAAAACUACCUGUCAACUCAGCAGGAUUCACCUUCAUCUUUGACAGAGACAUCUAGACCGAGAUCUCAAAUCAAUUAGAAUAUGGAUGCUCUGGACUUAAAGCAGAAAAGUCCAAAGAAAUACCUCAAGUUUAACCAGUAUAAGUGGGCAUAGCAGGUUGUCAUGAUAUUCAAGCAUAUGACCUUAAUGGAGAAGAAGAAAUACUUAGAGCCACAUUUCUCUAAGGAAUUGGUUACACUAGUUAAAUUCUGCUUGAAACAAUAUAAAAUCUCAGUGGGUUAAGAAGAAUUAGAUAUCAUUGAGAACGAAAUGCAUGGAAAUGAUGAUGAAAAAGAUUUUCCUGAUAAUGAGAUAAAUAAAAGAGCUAAUGAAAAUAAGUAAAACGAUGUCAGUUUUAUGACAAAAUUUGAUAAAAGUCCUCAACUCCAAAGCAAACAAAGAGCUGGUUUUAACUAAGCAGAGUCUAGUCCGAAACUUUUGUAAAUUUCAUAGUAAAAUUAAAGCUUCAAUCUUUCUUAGAAGACUGCUACAAAUUAAAGGUUAAGAUCAUUGAACGCAAUAGAGUAAUAAAACAUAUCUUAAAGUAGUAUUGGUACUGUUGGCAAGUAUUCUAUCAAUUAAUUGCUUCAUGCUAGCAGAAAUCCUAAUUAGAACCAAGUUCUCAGUGUAACUAACUAAAAUAGGAGCUUUGUCAUUAGAAAACGUCCUCUGACCUCAAAGAUGAGAGGGCUGAGUUAAUAAAUGAAUAAAUAGUCAAUUUAAAAUAUCAAAGAGCAGCAUAUUAAUCAGUAGAGUUUAAACUAAAUUGACUCUAAAGGACCAAAGCUUUCAAAUAUCGAAUUCUUUAAUAGGUCAGAGCUCAACCUAUCCUACAUCAGUAAUGCGCACAAUACUUUCAACUCUGCCACAUUGAACUAAUUAGAUAGAGAGGGGACAGUUAGAAAAUUCAAGUCAAUCAUUAGCUCUAGAAAGAUGAGAUCACUUGUUUUUAACCCCUAAAAAUUGAAAACCAAGAAUUAUUUGAUCCAGACUAACAUUGACAAUACUACAACUUUGAUACCAACUGAGGUAGUAUAAACAAGAAGGACUCAUUCUAGGAAGUAGUCUAAUGGCUAUGGUCUGAUAAAUGCUAACAAUUACUCAUUUGAUCAGAGAUUCACUCAUAAAAAUUAACCACAGUAUUUCAGAUUUAAGAAAAUCAAGAAAUCAACGGAAAAUAUGAAUGGCUUAUCUGCUAAAGCCAAACUUAGAAUUAACAUUAAACGAAAUGCUGCCUCUUAAUAAUCACAUAAGAGGAAUUCUAGUGCAAUGAGUAGAAACAGUAAUGGAAUAGGACAUUAAAAGUUUCAUAUCAUGCUGCUAAAUCAAACUGCAGAUUAAGGGAGAAGAGAUAAAUUAAAGUAAAGACUAACAGAUUUUGAUAGCAACAUAGUUUAUGAUUAAAAGAUGACGAGAGAUAUGUUGACUUAGAUAUUGAAAAAAAAUUAAUCAGCUGCCAAGACAAUGAAUAAUUACAUCCUAAAUAACAAAGAUAUCAAUUAUGAUUCUAUGCACGACUAAAAUUAAGCAGAGCCUUAAAAAUACAAGAAGAUGUUUGCCAGAGUAAUUAAUUAAUAUUCAUAAUUAUCUUAAGGUGCAAACUAUCCCACAUCCAGAGAAGGGCACAGUUUCACUUACGUUACAGCAUUGUAGCAAUACUACUUGUUUGGAGGUAUUUCAAGCAAAAGACAUAAUGAACUUUUUGUAUAUGACUCCACUGGAACCUAAUUGAUUCAAAAGGCAAAGGGCCACUUGCAAGAUGCUAUCACGUAGCUUGGUAUGAUGGUAAGUCCUUUAUUAUUUUACCUGAAAAUAGAUCCACAUUUCUUCAUAUAUGGAGGAAAAUAAUCUGAUAAGGGUUAAUUGAGUGAUGUGUAUUGUUAUAACAUUCAGACUAUGAAUUGGAAAAAAUUCUUUUCAAUGGAAAGUCCAUUGCCUAGAUCUUAGCAUGCUGCUAUUAAUCCCUAAUCAGGUAUUGGGCUGAUAUUUGGAGGGUACUGUGCCUCUAAGAAUCUGCUUUUGAAUGAUAUGUGGAGUUUUGAUUACAGUGCAGUGCCAUUUUCGACUUCUAAGUCACAUGAAUUACCAGGAGGGCAAUGGACCAAGAUAACUUAAUAAGGUAAUAUUCCAAGUGGACGCAGAGGUCAUACACUCACCAAGAUUCCCAAUUAACAGAAAGCGAUAAUGUAUGGUGGAUUUACCUAUCUCAGUAAUGCAGCAGGCUAAUUGCAAGAUAAUUAGUUCUACAUUCUAGAUCUUCAAAACUAUAGCUGGAGUAUCUUAAAGUUUAUGGGCUAAUAUCCUGAACCAAGGGGAUUACACAUCUUAUAGUUCUUUAAAGAUACCUAAUUCAUCAUAUUUGGAGGUAUAUCUACGGAUGACUGCUAAGGUGAAGAGAGACCAAAAGUGUUUGAUGAUUUUCACAUGCUUGACUUGAAAGAUAACUUCUUCUCAGCACCAUUCACUGCUAAUAUCAGACCUUCAGCCAGAUAUGGACACUGUUGUGACUCUAACUUAUCAUCGUUCAAUUAGAAGCAUGAUGAUGAUAUGAUGCAUGAGCUAGUUAUUCUUGGAGGACUUGAUUCAUAGUACUGCACAAUGGAUCCUUACAUAUUAUAAGAAAAGAUAAUCACUGAACAUACAAAAUGGGAACUAACAAAAGUAUCCAAAGUAAAAACCGAUACCACUAGUAAUAUGGAAUCAACAAUCAAACUUGCGAAUAAAAACAUUAUGGAAAAUAGAAAGAUAAUAGCUUAGUUAGAAAGGAAUCUGAGUGAUAUGUCAGAGGAAUUAGCCUCACUUAAGUAUAAAAAGAGAUAGAUGGACGAUGAGCUAGAGACUAAGGUUAAAUCUUACAAGGAAGCAGUUAAGCAAUUCAAAGAAAAAGACCGCAAACUUAUUCAAGAUAAGCAAAGGCAUGAAGACAGAAUAGCUGGAAUGCAGAAUCUUAUAGAAUUAGAAUAGAAAAUGUAGGCAGUCAUUGUCCGCAAGAUAGAUGUGAUUGAAAAGAAUUUUGCAAAGAGUGAGAUGUUCUUAAUGACCCUUGAUACAUUCUUGAACACAGCUAAGUAGAAAAUCAAUCAAUCAGGAGUAGGUGGACCAGCAGGAGGCCCAGGAGAGGUUGACUUGGCAUUCCUUGAUAGCCAAAAGAAUUAGCACAAGUAGAAUUUGAAAUAGAUUGUGCAUUACUAUCAGAACUUUGAAAAUAAUCAUAAGCAGAUUACUGAUAAAUUGAAAGAGCAAAGACAAACUUAGGACAAGUUUGAAGAAGAGAUGCUUUAGCUGCAUGAAAUAUAAGUGGAUAGGCAUUAGCUUUGUGAUAGACUUAGAAGUAUUGAAUGA